AAGACGAGAACCGGGAACACCGCUGUGUACUGGAGAGAGAGAGAGAGAGAGAGAGAGAGCGAGAGAGAGAGAGAGAGAGAGCGCACCCUGGGGUUAGAAAGAGUGAAAGAGAGAGAAUGUGUGAUCCGUGGAUAAGUGACUUGUGUGAACGUUGAGAGAUUGAACACGUGCUAUCAGGCUUUUUGUUGCACAAUUUCAUCUUCUGCGCGAUGGCUAGUGCUCAGCGGCACGAGCACUGUCUGCCGAGACGGAGCACAGGAACGCAGGCAAGAUGACACGGUUUAUUUUUUUCACCGUCUCUUCUCGCUCGCUUCAUCUAAUCCCUUACGGCUACUCCACCCAUUCCUUCAGCAAACAGCAGUGAAUUCAUUGAAGCUGUCUACACUAAGAGGAUCAAAAAGCGUACACGGUGUUAGGUGGGAGAGGGGUGCUUUUUUAUUUUUGGGAGAUGGGCUGUCUCAACCUACAUUGGAAUACUGAGGACACCGCAGCCCAUCGGACCGGAUAGGACCUGUCAUCCUUCUGUCUAUGGCAUCUGCGCCGUCUGUGCCAGGGAUUUUACAGAGGAGGGAUGACUCCGGGUUUCCUGGAGGCACAAGCGCGCACAUCUUUCAGUUUUUCUCCGAGAUACAGUUACUAAGACUUCACAAUGAGGAUGCACAAUGAGUUUCAGAUUGCACACCGAAGGCAGCAGACGGACCCUCGUGCUGCCCUUUGUUUGUUGUUUUUGCUCUACUACUGCGGAAUAAGCCCUAAACACGAAGACUAGCGGCAGUUUAGCUUGACAUGCCAGUCAUCCCGUUGCCUUAAACGUUUCUUUAUGCACAAUAGAGAUUUCCACGUGUGAAGUAUUAAGACUCUUGUGUGGAAUAGCAUGCUGAUGCGCUGAGAAGAUGGUGUCUGACUUUUUGUUUCUGAGAUGUUUGGAGCACAUUUCAACAGAGGCUUGUAAGUAGCGGGUAUGAUGGCUGUCGUGAGGUCUGUGUAAGAGUUAUUUAUUUCUAGAAGGGAGACGCCGACCGAACCACGCCUUCGCUUAAAUGAAGACCGGCCGCAAUUACACAGGAAGGGAUAUAAAAAUGAUGCACGUCAACAACUUCCCGUUCCGAAGGCAUUCCUGGAUAUGCUUUGACGUGGACAAUGGCACAUCAUCAGGACGGAGUCCCCUGGAUCCCAUGAUGAGUCCGGGGUCAGGCCUGGUCCUUCAGACCAAUUACGUGCACGGCCAGCGGAGGGAGUCGUUCCUCUACCGCUCCGACAGCGACUAUGACCUGUCGCCAAAGUCCAUGUCCAGAAACUCCUCCAUCACUAGCGACAUGAAUAACCACCUGCAGAGACCUGGUCUGGUCUCUCGGAGAUCUGAGCCGGUUAUUAGUGGAAAUCAUGGCGAUGACCUCAUCGUUACGCCGUUUGCACAGGUGCUGGCUAGUUUGCGGACGGUACGGAAUAACUUUGCAGCAUUAACCAACCUGCAGCAAGACAGAACGACUAACAAACGGUCCCCCAUGUGUAAUCAGCCACCCCUCGCAAAGACCUCCUUCACAGAGGAGGCCUACCAGAAGAUGGCCACUGAGACCCUGGAGGAGCUGGACUGGUGUCUGGACCAGCUGGAGACCCUACAGACCCGACACUCCGUCAGCGAGAUGGCCUCCAACAAGUUCAAGCGGAUGUUGAACAGAGAGUUAACCCAUCUGUCUGAGAUGAGCAAAUCUGGUAACCAGGUCUCAGAGUUCAUCUCCAACACAUUUUUAGACAAACAGCAUGACGUGGAGAUGCCGACGCCGCAGACGCAGAAGGAGAAAGAGAAGAAGAAGAAGCCCAUGUCGCAGAUCAGCGGCGUGAAGAAACUCACACACAGCACCAGCCUCACCAACUCCAACAUCCCUCGCUUUGGGGUCAAGACGGACACGGAAGACUCUUUAGCCAAGGAGCUGGAGGAUAUUAACAAAUGGGGCCUUAAUGUUUUUAAAGUCACCGAGUUUUCAGGCAACAGGCCUUUAACGGUGAUGAUGCACACUAUAUUUCAGGAGAGAGACUUACUCAAAACAUUUAAAAUCCCCCUGGACACUUUCAUAACCUACCUGAUGACCUUAGAAGACCAUUAUCACGCAGACGUCGCUUAUCACAACAACAUCCACGCUGCUGAUGUCACUCAGUCCACACAUGUGCUGCUGUCCACGCCCGCGCUAGAGGCGGUUUUCACAGACCUUGAAAUUCUUGCUGCCAUUUUCGCCAGUGCAAUUCACGAUGUCGACCACCCAGGAGUCUCCAACCAGUUCCUCAUUAACACCAACUCUGAGUUGGCUCUCAUGUACAAUGACUCGUCGGUGCUGGAGAACCAUCAUCUCGCCGUGGGUUUCAAGCUCCUGCAGGAGGAGAACUGUGACAUCUUCCAGAACCUGACCAAAAAACAGAGACAAUCGCUGCGCAAGAUGGUCAUAGACAUCGUUUUAGCCACUGAUAUGUCUAAACACAUGAACCUGCUGGCCGACCUGAAGACGAUGGUGGAGACGAAGAAGGUCACGAGUUCUGGCGUGUUACUCUUGGAUAAUUAUUCUGACAGAAUACAAGUUCUACAGAAUAUGGUCCACUGUGCGGAUCUCAGUAACCCCACCAAACCCCUUCAGCUGUACAAACAGUGGACGGAUCGGAUCAUGGAGGAGUUCUUCAGUCAGGGCGAUCGAGAGCGAGAGAGAGGGAUGGAGAUCAGUCCCAUGUGUGACAAACACAACGCAUCAGUCGAGAAAUCUCAGGUGGGUUUCAUCGACUACAUCGUGCAUCCACUUUGGGAGACGUGGGCCGACCUCGUCCACCCGGACGCCCAGGACAUCCUGGACACAUUAGAGGAAAACCGAGAGUGGUACCAGAGCACCUUACCCCAGAGCCCCUCGCCCGCCCCGGAUCCAGAGGACGGCAACCGCUCUGGCGCCGCCGAAAAGUUCCAGUUCGAACUGACGCUGGAGGAGGACGGGGAAUCAGACACGGAGAAAGACAGCGGCAGCCAGGCCGAGGAGGAGGACGAAGAGGACGACAGCUGCAGCGAUUCCAAAACUCUCAUCACGCAGAACUCUGAAUCCACCGAGAUCCCGGAGGCCGAGGAGGGAAUUUCAGAGGAAGUUUCCACGGAGCCCAGCAUGGUAGAAGAGGAUGAAGACGAGGACGAGGAGGAGGAACAGCCGGCAGACACGUAGCAGAGCGUCCGGACGGCAAAAAACGUGAAUAUUUAAUAAUUGACAAUGAAAUCGAGUUCCAAAGCGCACGUUGCACUCCGUGACCUCGGCCCUUCCUCUCUCGCUCUCCGUUUCUCUUUCCGUCUCUCUACGAGCUGCCUGGGGACGAGAGGACACUAGGACAUCGGUAGGUUGUCGUUUUAUUUGCACUCAGGAAUAAUAUUUAGUCCUUCGUUUCUUUUGUUUACCUUCUCCGCCCGGACACCUUUUCUCUGUGAUUUACCGUGAGAAGAUCUCCCACGUGACCGUUCCGCUGCACAAAGCAAUCUGGGGAGAUUCUGCCCGCGGAGACGACGAUGGCGGGGAUAAACAUAGCAGCACGUUUCCUUGGAUUUCAAAGAGACCUUUUUUCUACGUUUUAAGUCUUCCUCAACUUUGACUGAAAACAUGUAUAAAAAGACAAAACGCAAGCAGCUCGCAGCUGUCAUGGCCUCUUCAAUGAUUUUAUACGGUAUACGUCGAGAUUUUUACAUGUUGACUUUUAAUAACGGAACAACAGCUGUUGUGCUUCAAAAGACUUUAUGCGAAGGGUAACUUGCAAGUAGGCAGCGUUGCGGUCGUCCUGCGUUGGGUCGUGCCACCACGCAUCACUGCUGUCUCACAAACCAUCAACUUUCAUGUUCUGUACCAACUGGAUUUACAUGACCUUCAUCUUUUUUUAAAACAUCAUAUGGCCCAUUUUGUUCACCUACAAAUGUUUGACGUGAAAACACAUUUUUCGUCCUUUGUUUCAGAGCAAUGAUUUUGGCAACACUUCUAAGUCUGUGUUAUAUAAUAAAUUAGGAAGAUAUUUGUAAUGCAGCCGUAAUGUCUUAUAAUUCCAGAAAUAAUAAUUUAGUUAUAAUAGAUAUAAUACUUCCCUAUUCAUAGAUAAACCUUAACUUUAAUUUCAUUAAAACGGAUAAACAACCAAGUUGAUGUAUAUCAUAUAUUAUAAUGCAUUAUGCUCUGUAAAAUAAUAUAAUGCAUUGUAUAGGUAGUAUGAUUUACAGCUAUUUAUGAGGCAUUGCAUUAUGUAUUAAAAGACCAUACGAAACAUUUUAUAUACGGACUUCAAGUGAAAUGUUGCAAUAAUGACCACCAAACAAAGACUUGUUUUCCGAAACACAGUUGAAAUUUUACCUUCAGGUCAACCCGUAUUUUUAACGUCUAUAAUAACGCCAUCUGUUCACACAACAUACUGUUGGAGAUUUUAUAGCAUGUGAGACUUGAGCUCAGCUCACAUUGUGCUUCUGAUUUGGUUUUAUUUUGCCUUUGUUUUUGUCUGCUGCGAAUCUCGUACAUCUAGUCAAACUCCCAGAAAUCCUAUCAUCAUAGAGUUGUGUUGCGUGAUGCCUUUUGUGAGAUGGCCUGUCGGUUUAACGUGAUUUCAUUGCGUAUUUGUUUUGCACUCAUUGCAUUAGAUCAGAGAUCUUCUCUUAGGGCUAGAUGCACUUCAGCGUCAAAUUGCAUAUUUUCGUGCCGUUUCAUGCCAAAACUUCCCUCCCGAACGCCCAGCGCUCAGUAGGUUUUAAUACCAACUUAUUUAUGGUUUUAUUUAUUGUUUAUGUUUGGCUCGUGUUGAAAGCAGUACUGUAGACCCAUCAACUGUAGCAUUGACAGCGUGGACUUGCAAGUUACUAGAUCUACCGUCUUUGAUCGUGUACAUAGAACAAACCUUUUCAAAGUCUGUAGGAAGUGUAAGAUGCUCACAGAAACUUGAACUCUGGCUUUUCAGUAGGACUGAUUUUGUUAUGUAUAUUUUUAUUUAAGUUUUGUGCCAUGAUAUUUUCUUUCCUCACCAGAUGACCUUACCUAGUUAUGGAUUUUAUUUGGUUGUCAUUUCUUUCGCGGUUUACAACAAUGUAUUUAUUUGGCUGUACAUAUUGUAAUAUUGGUUGUAUGAUGACAGAUUCUGAACUUCAUCCCGGAUGGAGUUGCUGUAUUUCGUAAACUCUUGUUGAGAGAAUGUUUAUUAUUAUAAAUAUUAUCCAUUGUAAAAAAAUAAUAUUCUGUAUAAAAAUGAAAAUGAUAAAAAAGUCACCUUCGAGCUUGUUUAUGGAGAACUGGGGGAAAGCCAAACAAUAUGAGAAAGUCGCAUUGGUAUUUGGCCCCAGGGCUGUGCCUUAAACUUUAAAUGUCUUUUAUUUGUCUGUCUGUCUGUCUGUAUGUCUGUCCAAGUUUUGUCUCUUCCAUGUCCAAAAGUGUCUGACCCAUUUACUGUCAGGGUAUCAGGGCUUUAGGAUAUUUCACUUUCAUUGUUUUGUUCUGUGGCAUAAAGGCCACGUGCAAUAGAUCCUCGGUUAUGUGUAUUACAGGUGUAAUCUACGUCUGCUGUUCCUCAUCUUUGUUCAGGUCUUUAUCUUCAUCUCAUCCAGUCUUGUAGAUGUUAAAUAAUCCAAUUUUCUGACACAUACUGUAGAUUUUAGCAGCCCUGGACCAAAGCCAAUCGUGGCUAUUAUUAUUAUUAUUGGUAUUUUACAAUGUCAUUAAAGGGAUUCAUGAACUGAUAUUUUACCCUUUUGAUUCAUAAGAUCUGCUGAUUAAAAACUGAAAUUGACUUAUUUCAGUGAUAUCUUUUGUCUCUUUUACUGUAGAGAAACAUCUUUGUCCGGCUUACAAUCCAUCAAAUGAAACGGGAAAGAAUUUUUGAUAUGCAACAAGAGAAAUAAAAGCAUGGGUUGGUGCCGUA